CAUAAAACUGCUUUAAACGUACUUGUCUUCAAGGGAAAUAGCCCAUAAUUCCCCGCAAUAAAAUCAAAAUAUUUUCCAAACGAUGAGAAUCAAACUAGUUAUUUCCUUAUUCUUACUUAAUUCAUUUAGAUUUAUUGAAAGUGAUGAUACAACAAAUCGUGGAUUGAGCUGGUAUGAAAGUCUUCCGGCUGUCGCUAUGGACUAUAAAGUGCAUAUUGAUGCAGGAAAGGAAGACUGUUUUUAUCAAUAUGUUGCAAGUGGUGCUACAUUCUAUGUCUCGAUGCAGGUAAUUCGUGGAGGGGAUGGAAUGGCUGGAUUUGCUGUUAAGCAUCCAAGUGGACAAAUCGUUCAUCCAUACCAAUGGCAAGCAAAUUCAGAUUACACAGAUGGGCAAUCAACAGGUGGAUAUUAUUCUGUCUGCAUUGACAACCAGUUUUCAAGAUUCGCUGGAAAGCUUGUGAAUUUGUAUAUAACUGUCGUGAAAUAUGAUGACUGGGAAAGGUUCACAAAAGAGAUCGAAGAUCUCAAUCUUAACAUGCAAAAUUUUACGCAAGUAGUGCAGACAGUAGAAACAAAUUUAAAUGUCAUGUCUCAAUAUCAAGCAAAUUCAAGAGCGAGAGAAGCUAGAGAUUACGCUCUUAUUAGAGACAAUAAUUCAUAUGUUGGAACAUGGUCUAUUGUGCAAAUUUUUGUGAUUGUCGUAACAACGACUGUUCAAGUGUAUUUUGUUAGGAAGCUUUUUGAUAUUAAAUCAAGUGGAUAUUCAAGGAGUCGAAUAUAAACUUUAGGUAUUUUCAAUAUAAAUGAUUAAAGCAAUUUUAAUCAAAUUCCAGAAUGAAAGAAUUAAUUGCUUUAACGACAUCCAUAAGCACACUUCCAAUUUAAAAUAAUACUUUAGUUUCAAAAAUACUUCUUUUUCAUUUUUGCAAAGUUACAUGUUACAUGUGCUCUCGAUUUCUGAUGAUUUUGAUCUUUGGAAUUUCGUAUGGGUUUUUAAAACAGUUAAGUUCUUUCAAAUAAUUAUAUUUAUCAACGAUCGGAUUAUGUACUAAAUAACGAACAAAUAAUAGCAUAAACGAGCAGCAUUCCUUAAAAAGAGAAUUAUUUUUGUCAAUUUUGUUAAAGAAAGGCAC